AUGCUUCCCAUCCCCGAUGCUAACACCGGCGUCACAUGCAGCAAUGGCAUACGCCUCUCAAUCACGGACCUCGCGCCACCAUCUACCCGGUCUCUCCCAACCGUAUAUCAGGAUCGGCUAGGCAUAUCUUUAUACGAUGCACAGUACUCCGCAGAGCAACCCGAUACGAGACGCCCAAUUCCGCAAGAUGUCAUCGAUGAAGUUGUCUUCGGCCUGCGAAAAUUCAAGCUCGUGUGCGAAGAUUUUGGUGUUGAUGACCCAGAAUGCGUGAAGGUGUUGGCCACGGAGGCCACUAGGACCGCCCUCAAUAGUCAAGACUACCGUCAACAGAUCACGAAAGCCACAGGAUGGGAGGUUGAUAUGCUAAGCAAAGAAGACGAAGGACGAAUAGGGGCUAUGGGUGUAGCGAGUAGCUUCGACUCUGUUGAGGGUCUAGUAAUGGAUCUUGGAGGGGGCUCAGCUCAGUUGACUUAUCUACACACACCCGACCCAGAGUCAACUCCACAGACAAGCCCGAAAGGGAGCGUCUCCUUCCCUUAUGGCGCUGCUGCUCUUUCCAGGCGACUUGCCGCACUGCACCGGCAGUAUCCUCCGCUAUCGUCAAACAACAUAGGCCCCUCCUCAGCCGUCAGCAUAACUUCAGCCCACUCAUUUUCGACAACUGCAACUACUGUAGGUGAUGAAUCAAUAGCUAGCGCAAGCACCACAAACGAUAACCCAGCCUUCGGAGCCGCCAAGGCAAGCCUCGGGACAGAGCUCAAGUCCGCCUUCCAAGCCGCCUUCCAGUCUGGCCUCGAACUACCCCGUCCUCUCGCUCGACAAGCUGCGCACGGAGGCCUGACCUUGUAUCUUUCCGGCGGCGGCUUUCGCGGAUGGGGAUUCCUCUGUAUGGCCAAUCACCGUGUUCGUCCCUAUCCGAUACCAAUCAUCAAUGGCUUUACCAUCUCACGGAAAGAGUGGCUUGCAACGAAAGAAAUCAGUGACUUGGCGGCGAUGAGCCUCGAAGACAACGAGGCAGCCGACCACGAUGAGGGGGUCCAUGACGGCGAACAGUCCCUCAAGGAGUUGAGGGGUAAGGGGAUUUUCCGAGUCAGCAAACGUCGAGCCAGGCAAGCACCUGCUGUGGCGUUCCUGGUUGAAUGCCUUGUGGAGGCUCUGCCGGGCGUCAUCAACGACGUGCGUUUCUGUCAGGGGGGCGUGAGGGAAGGCUGGCUGUUUGAGCUUCUGCCGGAUUCAGUGAAGAAGGACCACCCUCUGGUCGCCGCCACUAAUGCUCUAGCCCUGCAACAGCCAUCAACAUCACAGCAAUCUAACGAUGCCGGAAGCAGCAUCGCUCCCUCAAACAGCGCAGCGGGCAUCGACCACAUAGCGUCACUUCUUUACUCCGCCUUCCCGCCUCCUUCGCCCGAGCUCGACCGCUCGAUCCCAUCCCCACACUUCUCCCUCGCGGUCUGCACCGCCCUCGCCAACACCAUGUACAUCGGCAACUCCCACCCUAAGGAGACGCGCGCUUGCAACGCCCUCAUGCUGCCCCUCACCGGUGCGCUCGCAUCCGCACAUGGUGUAAGUCACGGCCAACGCGCUGUUCUUGCUUUGGCACUGAAAGCGCGGUGGGCUGCAGAGGGAAGCGAGGUGUCUGAGGAGUGGGACAGUGUACGUGAGGCGAAGUUACGGGCUGUGCUGACGGCGCAAGAGGGGUGGUGGGCGGAGUAUCUGGGGAGGGUCGCCGGAUUGGUUGGGUCGGUGUAUCCGCGUGGGUUUAGAAGAGAGUUCUCCGAUGGGAGGAGGAUGAGUGAGCGGAUCAGCUUGACGGCGGAAUGGUCGGAAGGGUUGGGGAAGAAGGGGCUGAGCCAGGGUGUGAGGGUCACACUGAGAGCGUUGGGCGGUGCCAAUGGGGAGAACCUGAUGACACAUAAAGACGCGAUCAACGAUCCGAUAAAGCACUGGGAGAAGCUUGGCAAGAAGAAACAGUGGAAGGACUACAAGGGCUUUGGCGUACCGAUUCAGGUUGACGUCCUGAGGGAGUCGGAGCAAUUCGUGGAGAAACCAUGCUAG